UACUAAAUAAAGCGACAUUUAAAUAUCUUUAAGUUUCCAUUGUGAAUGUUUCCCUCCUGCAGCGGACUGUCGCUGUCCAUGGUGCUGCAGCUGAGACUGCAUCAGCAGUCAUCAUCUGGAGGCUCCCAUCGGCCUCCCAGUAGAACCAGCUGGUGUUUCCCUGCCUCAUGCUGGUCAUUACAGUUCUCACUCCCAGUCUGGAGUUCUGGUGCCGCUCGGUUCCGACCCUGCUGCCGCUUUAAAGCGAGCAUGCUCCGACGUCAGCUCCGUCUCCAGACAUGUGGCUUCAGCAUCCAAUGGGCUGAUCGGGGCUUUACUCAGCCUCUCCCACACAGGAGAUCCCUGAGGAGAAGACCAGCGUAGACCGGGGUUCGCCACGACUCACGCAGCCCUCACGCAACCCGCCAGAUCCGGUUCGGAGCCAGCAGAUUCCCGUCCUCAGAGCAGAUUCCCGACCAGAACCAUCGCGUUGCAGUCAUGUCUGUGGCGGGACUGAAGAAGCAAUUCCACAAAGCCACUCAGAGAGUGAGCGAGAAAGUCGGAGGAGCAGAAGGAACGAAGCUCGAUGUGGACUUCACUGAAAUGGAAAAGAGGGUGGACACCACCUCUCGAGCCGUGCUGGACAUCAUGACAAAAACCACCGAGUAUCUGCAGCCGAACCCAGCGACCAGAGCCAAGAUGAGCAUGAUGAGCUCCAUGUCCCGCAUGCGGGGGCAGGAGAAGGGGCCGGGCUACACGCAGACCGAGACCAUCCUGGGAGAGUCCAUGCAGCGGUUCGGCCGGGAGCUCGGAGAGGACUCCAACUUUGGUCUGGUUCUGAUCGACGUCGGAGAGGCCAUGCGUGAGCUGGGUGAAGUCAAAGACGCUCUGGACAUGGAGGUGAAGCAGAACUUCAUCGACCCGAUGCAGAACCUUCACGAAAAAGACCUCAAAGAGAUCCAGCAUCACCUGAAGAAGCUGGAAGGUCGCCGUCUGGACUUUGACUACAAGAAGAAGCGCCAGGCCAAAGUGACGGAGGACGAGCUCAAAGCGGCGCUGGAGAAGUUCGACGACUCCAAGGAAGUCGCAGAGCAGAGCAUGUUCAACCUGCUGGAGAGUGACAUCGAACAGGUGAGCCAGCUGGCGGCGCUGGUCCAUGCUCAGCUGCAGUACCACACCCGGUCCGCUGAGAUCCUCACACAGCUCUCCAGCAAGAUCGACGAACGGGUAAGAGAUACCUCCAACAAACCGAGGAAAGAGUUCGUACCGAAGCCUCGUACGUCUCUGGACUUCAGCAUCAGUGAGAACCACAACGGAGGGAUCCACGGCGCUCGCUCUCCAGGUGCCAGGUCUCCAGCCAGGUCUCCAGCAAGAUCUCCAGCCAGGUCUCCAGCCCCGUUGGACCAGCCCUGCUGCCGCGCUUUGUACGACUUCGACCCUGAGAACGAAGGUGAGCUAGGUUUCAAAGAGGGCGACAUCAUCACCCUGACCAAUAAGAUCGACGAGAAUUGGUACGAGGGAAUGCUGCAAGGCAACUCGGGCUUUUUCCCCAUCAACUACGUGGAUAUCUUGGUGCCGCUACCCCAGUAAGACGUCAAGACUAACCAACUGUGUCUGCAAUGAAUCCCGGCCUCCAGUUCCAGUGUUUCCACUAACCUUUUCCCAAACAUUCCUACUAACACAACUUUCACUUUUUCCGUUAUGGCGUCAAAAAACAAUGACACAAAAUAAAUAGAUGUGAAGAAGAUUGACCAAAGUGCAAGGAUGCACUAAGUAUGUGUGGAAACUUUUACUGAAAUCGGUGUGGGGGAAAAAACCCCCCAGCAUUGACGUAACUUCUUCUCUGUCUCACUUAAGGUACUUUCAAGCUUCUAUAGUCAUUUUUGCAUUUUGUCUCUGUUGUAGUCAGCCCAUUAUUAGUUUAUUAGAACAGCUUUACUGAUUCACGCUUUUUCUCAGUCCCUGUAUUUUAGAAGGUAGAAGCUUUUCUCUCACGUUCAGCAGACAAGACAAACGAGUCAACAUUCUUUCUGUUUGUUCAGCAUGAAGCUCAAAUCAUUUCAACAAAAAUCAUGUGAUAGGUUUUGUGUUAAAUUUUCCUCCUUUUAAUAGUGGUCACUCCCUGACAUUUUCAGUCAUUUUCCUAAGAUAUUCAUGCAAAGAAUGAUUUGACUCAGAUCAGUUUUCGCCAAAAUUACAGACAUGGUUGUCAGACUGUCCUUUAAUUUUUACGCAGCAAAGCAUUGUGGAAGGACAAACGUCUGCAUGUUUGAUGCAACAUGGUGAAGGUUUUUACCUCUUAAAGGAGUCAUAACAUAAACAUCUUUUAUGGUUUCUCAUUUUCUCAGUAAUCCACAAAAUAUAUGGUUGAAGCAUUAAGUCCUUAAAUAUAUGUCCCAGUAGAAAUGUAUUGUGACUCAAUACCUUAAAAGUCUUAAAGUGAAAGUUGGAUUUUUAUUGUGGGGUUCUGUAGAGUUGUUAUUGGCAGUCAGUAUCUUAUUUGACAGUUUGGAGAACCAGAUUAAUUCCUGCUGGAGAUUAUAGCUGACAGGGUUACUAGGAUUUUAUUGUAAAUUUGUGUUGUCUUAACACUACUUCUAAACUCCUUCUCAGCAGAAUAGGAAGGAAACAAUUCUACGGAGCAACUCAUAUUUUGCUUAGCGCUUUAGCACUUUUGCUAACUUAGAAAGCAUUUAGCUGACUUCACUGCCCCUAAAUUAACUUUUCCAGAUCAAUUCUAAAAUGAUAAUUUACUAUGCUGUUUUAUAAACUCCCAGUUGAGUAAAGUUUGGCAUCUGUGUUGAAGAUUUGGAUUUCAAAUUUAAGAAUUAUUCAGGUAGUUAGAUGUUUAUAUUCCUGCUCUUAUUCUGAAGUAGGAGAAGACUGUUCUGUUUCCUCUUCUCUGUUAUGCAGUGCAGCAAAUGUUUAUUCUGUACCCAGAAUGCAUCACUGUACAGUACAGUUUGAAAUCUACUUUUGUCCUAUGUAAAUUAGGCUAAAUCAGCAAGACUUAGCAAAACUCAACAACAAAACUGAAACAUGAGCGACAGGUCUCUUCCAAAGAAACACUUCCUGAAGCACAGCCGCACAGGUAUGUGUGUAAUGACAACCUUACCCUGCUGAAGGUGAUAUGCUAUGUUGUAAAACAUGUUGUGUCAAUAUCUGUCUCAAUAUGGUUGAAUUUAGCACAUUAUCAUUAGCUUAUGCUAUGCUUCAUGUUGGUUUAUCAUUAGAGAAACAAAUAAUUAUGAUCAGAGCUUUCAGGGCCUAGAAUGGUUGAACUGAAGUUGAACUGUCAAUGUGCGGUUAAAUAGUUUUGCGACGUUUGUUUUCACAAACACCUUUAUUUUUUUAAAGGUUUUACUGGCCUUUAUUUGAUAGUUCAUUGACAGGAAAGUGUGUAAUGUAAUGAGAAAAGGGGAAGACGUGUGGCAAAGGUUGCCAGGCCGGGAAUUGAACCUGCGACAGCCGCGUUGAGGACUAAGGCCUCCAUAUGUGGGUUGUGCUUAACCCCACCACAGCACAACCCUCACAAACACCUUUAACAGUCCAAAAGAACACACCGAGUCAAGCUCCAACAUUAGCAUAAAAAUCAAACUACACUGGAAAAAAAAGAGAAAGGAACAUCAACUUAAAUAAAAUUGAGCUAAUUUUACUUCAUCUUACUUUACUUACCUUUGUUUUACAUGAUAAUUUAGUAAACUUAAUAUAUUUGCUUGGAUAAACUUAAUUUGAUUAAACAAAUUUACUCAAUUUUUUUUAAGUUAAAUUGCCUGUUUUCUUUUUGCAGUUUAGUGUUCGCUGCAAGCAAUUCAUUAAUUCCCUUUUUCUUUCACACCAAAUUACUUUUUUAAGAACCGUUUGGUUGGAAAUGAUAAAAAUGAACCUGCAGAUUAUACAUAAUAGAUGGUUUAAACAACCAUUCAAUGUGGAAGUGACGACAGUUUAAGAUUUAUGAAAUGAAGUUUGCAUCAAUUAAAUUUCAGAAUCUGGGUGUUUUUUAAGAUGGCAGAAAUCCUCUCUGACGUGCUCAUCACUCUAAUCUGAAGUUAAAAUACUGACCGCUCAAUACUGCUAGCAAAACCUCACUUUAAAAACUCCAAACUAUCAUUAUUUAACUGCUCUUUGGAGCAAUAGUUCAUUCUGCAGUCGCAGGCGUCGUUUUGCCUAUUCGUCCAAUAAUUACCUUCCAGUUUACUUGUAGAAAACACUAAGAGGAGACUAAAUGUGAAUAUUUCCAGGAGCACAAGAUAAUGUGCAAAUAGAGGAGUAGACUGAGAAUUAAUUUAUAUUUAUUGAAGUGAUAAUAAUAAAAGUGUUAUUUUCCCAUAUAUAUCUCAGAGCGCAACGUUUGUUAGAUUUAAAAAGUCACGGUUCUUUGUUUUCAUCAGCUUGACGCAGCGGUGCACACAUCAUCUCUAAGGCUUUCUACUCUUCUACGUUGACGAUGCAUUAAAUUUCUGCAGAUGUUUUCAGCGUAUUAAUGUUGAUGCAUGUAAUUUUAGGGGGAAGUGUGUGUAUUUGGGUUUGCAUAUAGCUCAUGUUCUGCACAGAAACAAGUAAAGAGAACCUCUGCUGCUAAUGAGCACCGUUUCUGACAGUGUUUAGCUUAAAAACAAUAAUGGAGGGAUCAGUUUACUACAUUCAGCAGCGCUACAAUAAAUGAUGCAAAAUCAACUAUAUAUAAAAAGUGUUACUUUUAUGUCAAAGGGAAGCACAAUUUUUUGUUGGCUGGUGAAAAAUAGUGCUGCAGUUUGAAGAGGUUGUGUAUUAUUCAUUUUUUAAGCUAAAUUCUUCUUUCCUUCUUUCACUUUUUUUAAAGAUUUCUGUGUAUCUUUGCCCUCAAUGAGGACUGUACAGCUUUUUUUGUGUUUUGUUUUCACCUUGUGUGUAUAGUCACGCAUCUUCAGUAACGUAUUUUAUUUUUGUAACUGUGUCAAAAGUAUUCACAAACAGUAUAGAUGUGUGUAUAUAUAUACAGUAUAUAACGCAGAAGUGAUGUUACAAGUUGAGAGUGAGGCGGGUGGGGUUUUCUGUGCUGCACAUGAUUGUCUUUGAAAUAUUUUCGUGUUUUGUUUGUGUUUUUGUUCUGUUCUUGCACUGGAUUCUAUGACUGUACGCUUGAUGUAAAGAUAAGAAAUGUGAUGAGUCAAUGUAAUUUAUUCGAAUAAAUACCAAGAAAUGGUUAUUC